ACUAGAGCAAGCGAUGACCGAAUCGGCGCAUAGUGAUGACGUAACGGAUGUGGUGCGUACGGCCGGGGAAUUUGAAAAAAACAAAACUAAACAAAUGUCACAGCUGCGGGAAGGAGCAGGAGGCAAUUUACCAGAAUGACCACUAAACAACUGGCAAAGCGGCUCGGUCUUAUAAGGAGAAGCUCCAAGUUGUCUCUGAAUGCUAAGGGUCCCACCAGCCCCAAAUCUAAACAAUUUUUUGACUAUCUCAUCAUCAUUGACUUUGAGUCAACGUGCUGGAAAGAUACGAAGCAUUACGGUCAGGAAAUCAUUGAGUUUCCAGCAGUUUUAAUAAACACAUCUAAUGGGGAGAUUGAGUCAGAAUUCCACACAUAUGUGCAACCACAAGAGCACCCGAUUCUUUCAGACUUUUGCACGGAGCUGACCGGAAUAAAGCAGCAACAAGUAGAUGACGGGGUUCCUUUAAAGAUCUGCCUAUCCCAGUUUUCUACAUGGAUUCAGAAACUCCAGAAGGAAAAGCCCAUAACUUUCCCUAGUGUAUUACCAACUCAUACAUCCUCAGAGCAGAAGAUGUGUGGAUUUGUAACUUGGUCAGACUGGGAUCUUGGGGUUUGCCUACUGUAUGAAUGCAGAAGGAAGCAGCUGAGGAAGCCAGAUAUUCUGAACUCCUGGAUUGACCUCCGGUUAACAUACAAGCUUUUCUACAAUCGCAAACCCAAAGGUUUAAAUGGAGCUUUACAAGAUGUUGGAAUUGAGUUUUCAGGACGUGAACAUUCUGGGCUAGAUGAUUCCCGGAACACAGCGAGGCUGGCCUGGAGAAUGAUAUGCGAUGGUUGUGUUAUAAAAAUAACUAAAUCUUUAGAUAAGGUACCCCCCAAACCUUCUGUGAGACCAGGGCCCCCAGUGGCUGCUCAAGUCCUUAAAUCCACACAAGGUGAUAUCAGACAGGCAUCGGCUAUAGUUGUAGAAGACGGACAAGACUUGAAGGAUCGAACAUCUGACAAAACCAAAGACGUGAGAUCACGGCAGCUAUGUGCUAGGUCCAACCAGGACAGUAUGACCGGUAACAGACAACUGAGAGAAAAUGUGGCUCACCGGACCUUAAUAAAUGGGCUUUCUACAACACUUGGUGAUGAUAAUAAAUACAGGUCAUCCACACGAAUUUCAUUUGGUCCAGUACAAAAUAACAUUAAGAUCGGAGCCUUCACCUCUUCAUCCCUGGAUCAUUCUCCACAUGACAGAGGUCACCUUUUAAUGUCUACUACCAUUCAGAAUGUGAAUGAUUUCUCUGCUCUGGAUAUGGAUCCCAGCUCAGAUUUGUCCAUUUUAGCUGACUGGGAAGAAGCCGCUGUUAUAGAAGAUUCUCAGCAAGACAAACAUGAGGGUCCUGUAGAGUUGGAGGAACCAGAUCUGUUACCAGUGGACUCAGCAUCCAAUGCUAUUUUAAUGCUUAACAGAGAUCAGGAAAAUAGGAAUAGGUGCCAGUCAAUAAACAGCACUAGGGCUCCAAAUCUACACACAAAGUCUGUGGUUUAUAAGAGCCCAGACACCACUAUUUAUAAUGUCAGCAUGAAGAAACUUGUGUCUAAUGGGUCCGCUUUUAAACUGCCCAGCGCUUUGGGAAAUAGAACAAAUAUUCCAGCCUUAUCCACUGGACGAAUGAACAAGACAUCUACAUUGUUAGAUUACUUUUCCAAGAAGAAACUUCCUAGUUUAAGCUUCUGCUCACCCCCCAAGAAACGUCCUUUUACCAUACAUGAAGAUCAAGGUAACCGCUCAUUGCCAGUCACUACUAGUGGCUCCUGUGUCCUCUCCCAUAAAGUAGUAAAAUCUACUGUUAACUUAAACAGGACCUUUGGUGCUACCAAGUCUGAGCGUAUCACUGCCCCAAUGUGCCAGUGUGGUCGCAGGGCAAAGAAACUCACAGUCUCUAACCUAGGCCCAAACCAUGGAAGGGUUUUUUAUAGCUGCUCAGUACGUAAAAGAAAUGAUGAAAACGGCAAAGGCUGUAACUACUUCAAAUGGGAGGACACACUCCUGAAAGAGAAGUCUGCGGAAACGUCAGCUUUACUGUCCACCAGUAUCAUGGGCACCUCUUUUAAUAAAAGUAUGAUUUCUACAGGAUCUGCUGUGAAAAAGCCAUUUAUUAAGCUGAGACCAUCAAUGAGAACUUAAGUGUUUGUUACUUUCAGAAUCAUGCUCUAUAACAGGACAGUUUGUCUAUAUGGUGUCAUGCUUUACAGUAUGCAUUGUAUGAAGCAGCAUACAUUAGUUUCAUACAUAAUAACAGAUCAUGACGUAUGAUGUCUUUUGGACAUUGAUGCAUCUUUAAAAUCUUAAAAAUUAUUUCGAUCAUUAUAUAUACAGGACUGUCACAUUAUGGCCCUCCCUAUUUUUACUUUUUUUUUAUUAAUGGAGUAUACUAAGCUACCUAGCUUUUUAAAAAGUGUCACUGUUAAAAGUUUAGAUCCCAUGAUGAUCGUGAGUUAUAUCCGGGUGAAGUGCACAAUAGUGUACACCUCACUCCCCCUUGUCAAAUCUAAUGUUUUCACUGCAUGAGUCUAUGAACUCAAAAGGUCAGAUCUGCUGGCUGGCUGGGAAGUAAAGAGCUUUGCCACAUACUUCACCGGCUUAUAGCUUGCGAUCACAGUAGGUCUCAUUAAAAGAUGCUUUAACAGAAGAAAAGCCUUUUGGUGGGGUGGGUGUGUAUGUACCCCCUAAACUACAGAUGAUGAAACUACUAUAUGUCAAUACAGAAACAGUUCCAGCACUCCUUUUUAAUCAAGAGUCUAAUGGAAAGUCUCCCAUUGUGUCCCACAACAACCAAUCACAGUUCAGCUUUCAUUUUUUUAAGCAGCUUAAGAUUUGAAAGCUGGGCUCUGGUUGCAAAUGACAAGAAGGCCUCACAUGCUACAUGAUGCAUUCGUACAUUGCUGCUUAAGGUUUUUAUUGUAAUGUUUUAAGCUAAUUUUCUAUAAUGGACAUGUAAUACUAUGUAUAUGAGUUGAACAGUCUCCUUUACAUGUUGCUUGGCUCCAAAUGGGGGCAUGGAACAUUGCAAUGUCAUUUUAAUACUGAA